GAGAUGUGACCGGAAUUUAAACCGCAGAAGAAGAAGCUCCACUUUUCCCACGUGAGAGGACCAUCAUGUCUCCACCAGGAGGAAAAAUAAACAGACCGAAAACUGAGCUGGGUAAGAAGCUUUUCAAGCGGCGGCGAGUUCUGAGCAAAGAGAAGAGGAAGAAACAUCAGAUAGUUGGCGCUGUGGUCGAUGAGGGUCUCAUCACCGUGCAUCACCUGAAGAAGAGAAAGUCGAGCCCGCGGGCGAACAUCACUCUGUCUGGAAAGAAGAAACGAAAGCUGCUCAAACAGCUGCAGCACAUGCAGCAGGAGAAGGCCGGUAUGGAAGUUGAAGCUGCAGCAGCACCACAGAAACAGGAGUCAUCAUCUGCUCCAACCAAGAAGAAGAAUAAGAAGAGAGCAGCCCGACCUAAUGAUGACGUAGAGAUGGCUGACACUGAAUGAUGAUGACAGAGACAACUGUUGUGUCUCAUCUGAACGACAUCUUUGAACUGAACUCUGAAGUAUGAUCGAGUAGUUUUUUACUCUGUGAACAAACGUCAAGUUUUCUCACCAUUUGUGUUCAGAGUGACGUUAACGUGUCUGCAGCUGUUUGAGUCAGAGUUAACGUGUUGUUAUGGAAAGAUGCUGGAAGGUGGAAGAUUUAGAGAGACGGGAGGCUGUGGGAGACCAUCAGUACGAGGAAGAUUUAGGGAUGAUAAACAGAGGAGAACUUGCUGCAAGUCAGAAUUAUCAGUUAGGAAGUCAAAACUUUAAAAUGUUUAGAUUUAAUCAUUUCUACUCAAGUCAAAUCUAUGAGAUAAGUCAAGAGAUUGUCUAAGUCAGGUUUUAAUUUUGACUUUUUAAAUGUAAUAAUUUUGACAAAGUCAAAUAGGUCAAACUUAUGAGAUACUAUGUGAAGAUUUUUGAUAAAUAAUAGCUCAUCAUUUUGACGUAAAGACAAAUUCUGGCUCAAAAAUCUCACAAAUUUGAUUCAAUAAACCAAACAAGUUUGACUUAAAUCAAAGUAGUGACAUGCAGGUGACAGUCAUGGCUCAGACCUGUGUUCAGAUUCUUACCUGUUAUCUGUUUUUAAAGGUUCUUGUCUUUUUGAAAUGGGCUCCUGUCGGGUGACGUCUGCUGUCAGAAUAAUAUUUUAUGUUAGAGUUGUUAUUCUUUUGUGUUUUCAAAGGCAUUGUUCACGUCACAGAUCCUUCAAGUUUGUAAACAAUAAUCAUUCAGAACUCUACUAACCACCAUAUUCAUCAACUCUGUAUUAUUAAACAGUUCAUUAUUGAUAACCU